CCGCCAAUAAACCCACUAAAGAAAGAAAGAGCUCGCGUGUGAUGUGUUUGUGUAUCCUCAGUGUUUUUCUCUCUUGAGUGUUUUAUUGAGUGUAAACAGAGUCUUGUCUCUGUGUAUUUUAGUGUUGAUGAUGAGAUGGAUGUGAUGUGCUGUAAAUCAGGAACUGAUCAGGACUUACAGGAUGAGGAAUCUACUGAUCAAACCUCCACAGAGUCUCUGGAUUCUGUCUGUAACGCUGGAGAACAGCAGCAGAUCCUGCAGACCAAACUCAACAUGUGUUCAGUCAAACUCAUCGACUUCAGGAACCUCAUGAUGAAGAUCAAAACUGAACCUACAGAAAUAAAAACUGAACCCACAUCUGAUGAAUAUGAAGACAAUCACAAUGAUGGUCAUGAUUUUUUUCUGUCAGAUGUAAAGAGUGAAUUGUGUUUGGAUGGAGAAAUAACGUCCUCAACUCUUUCCUGCGUCAGCGGUGGAGAGACAUUGAGAUAUUUAGAGAGCCAUGAGAGAAAACACACAGAACAUGAACAUCAUCUGAAGAAACGCACUAAUGAGAGACCGUAUCAGUGCAAAUCACACAAAACACAACACACUGAACAAAAACCCUUUCAAUGUUCACACUGUGAUAAACGUUUCAGUCAUAAAUCUCAUCUGAUAACCCACGAGAGAGUUCACACUGGAGAGAAACCUUAUCUCUGUAGUGUUUGUGGGAAGAGUUUUAGUCAACGUGUCAGUUUAGUGAGACACCAGAGAACUCAUACAGGUGAAAAUGAAAAACCUUGCAAAUGCUCUCAGUGUGAGAAGACGUUUGCUCAUUCAGCUUCCUUAAAAGCCCAUCAGAGACUUCACACUGGAGAGAAACCUUACGUCUGCUCAAUCUGUGGAAAGGGCUUCUCACAUUUGUAUCGUGUCAGAGUUCAUGAGAGAAUUCACACUGGAGAGAAACCUUAUCACUGUAAUGUUUGUGGGAAGAGUUUUAGACAAUGUGAGAGUUUAAUGAGACACCAGAGAAGUCAUACAGGCGAAAAACCUUACAAAUGCUCUCAGUGUGAGAAGAUGUUUGCUCAUUCAGAUUCCUUAAAAGCCCAUCAGAGAAUUCACACUGGAGAGAAACCUUACGUCUGCUCUCAUUGUGGAAAGAGCUUCUCUGAUCCAUCUAGUUUUAGAGUUCAUCAAAGAGUUCAUACUGGAGAGAAACCUCAUCACUGUAAUGUUUGUGGGAAGAAUUUUAAUCAACGUGAACAUUUAGUGAGACACCAGAGAAUUCACACAGGUGAAAAACCUUACAAAUGCUCUCAGUGUGACAAGACUUUCAGUCAACAUGACAGUUUAGUGUCACACCAGAGAACUCAUACAGGUGAAAAACCUUACAAAUGCUCUCAGUGUGAGAAGACUUUUGCUCAUUCAGCUUCCUUAAAAGCCCAUGAGAGAAUUCACACUGGAGAGAAACCUUACAAAUGUAAUGUCUGUGGGAGGAGUUUUAGGCAACAUGCUAGCGUUUUAAGGCACCAGCGAGUUCAUACAGGAGAGAAACCUUACGUCUGCUCUCAAUGUGGAAAGAGCUUCUCUGAUUUAAGUUAUAUUAGAGUCCAUGAGAGACUUCACACUGGAGAGAAACCUCAUCACUGUAAUGUUUGUGGGAAGAGUUUUAAUCGACAUUACAAUUUAUUGUCACACCAAAGAAUUCAUACAGGUGAAAAACCUUACAAAUGCUCUCAGUGUGAGAAGACUUUUACUCAGGCAGUUCACUUAAAAGUCCAUGAGAGAGUUCAUACUGGAGAGAAACCUUACAUCUGCCCAAUCUGUGGAAAGAGCUUCUCACAUUUAUUUCGUUUCAGAGUUCAUCAAAGAGUUCAUACUGGAGAGAAACCUCAUCACUGUAAUGUUUGUGGGAAGAAUUUUAAUCAACGUGAACAUUUAGUGAGACACCAGAGAAUUCACACAGGUGAAAAACCUUACAAAUGCUCUCAGUGUGAGAAGACAUUUGGUCAUUCAUCUAACUUUAAAGCCCAUCAGAGACUUCACACUGGAGAGAAACCUUACGUCUGCUCUCAUUGUGGAAAGAGCUUCUCUGAUCCAUCUAGUUUUAGAGUUCAUCAAAGAGUUCAUACUGGAGAGAAACCUCAUCACUGAAGUGUUUGCUAGCUUUCUAAAGCACGAGAGAAUUCAUACAGGUGAAAGACCUUACAAAUACUCUCAGUGUGAGAAGCAUUUUACUCGGUCAAGUCAUUAAAAGCCCAUGAGAGAGUUCAAGCAGGAGAGAACCUUUAUGUUUGCUCGAUCUGUGGAGAGAGAUUCUUACUCUGGAAGUUUUCAGCAUCAUCAGAAAAACACGCUAAAGAACAAAGUACACUGAAAUCAUUGUAUUGUUUGUCUUGACACACUGGUUGUGUAUAUUCGAUGAGAAUAUUUGAUUCGAUAAUGUACUAGAACAAAAACAAUUUAUUUCUAUGAAUGACUUUACAUUGACCUCGGUUAUUUGUGGUGCCAAAAAGCAAAGAUUUAGUUCUCAUCGCCAGGUAACAUUUCUAAACUCUCUAAAUUUUUACUAUUAAUGUUUUUUGUGUGAUUGAUCAGUGUGUUAUAUUGCUUUAAUUGAAUGUUGAAUUAAUUCGUCGUUUACUCUCUCGUUUUGUAUUAUUCAGUGUUUUGUAUGAUUGAUCAAUGCAUUAUAUUGUUUGAAUUAGACUUAAAGAAAUAAAGGAAGAAGGAAAAGCGUGAGGAUGCGUAACAGUAUUGUUUAGUGACACACGUUUCACACUUUCAUUAAUAAAUGUACAUGUGAAGCACAUACCAUUAGCAUGUAAACUUCAUUAGUCAUGAAAACUUCAUAAAAAAGACUUCAUCAGUGAAAGAGAACAAUGUGUAAAAAGUAAAACUGAGCGACAGAAACCAUCAAACACUGAGACGGAACAUUGAAGUUCCCACCACACCUCAGAGGGGUAUUAUGGAUUAUAAUUGCAACAAUAUUACAUUUUUAACACAAAUGAAGUGGUUAUAUUGUGAAAAUAGAUUUUAUUUGUAACAUUUUAUUAAAAUAUAUAUAACUUUAUAUA